AUGAAUAACCAGCACUUAAUUUAUAGGUCAGUAUUGAUUAAAUAUUUUCCCAAAGAAAAGGGGAAAAAAUAUUUUUUUUUCAUAAACAUAAUUGUAUAUUGUAUAUUAACCGUUUUAUAUGAUAUUUUUCCGAACAUUACAUUUCCAAAUUAUAUUUUUGUGAAUACUAAAGACAUUGUAAUUUAUAAUACAAGAGUCAUCAGAUCACUGUAUGAAGAAUAUCAUUUUAAUACAAUAAAAGACAAGAUAUUAUUAAAUGAUCUAAUAAAAGAUGAUUUAAUAAAAAAUGACAUAAAAGAAGAUCAUAUUAAAAAGAGUGAUAUACAGGAGGAGGAUCUAAAGAGUUAUGAAAAUUUUACAUAUAAUUUGAUGAAAAAUGAAGAAAAACAGGAUAAUUUAAUAAAAGAAGAUAUAAUAGUUAAUUCAUCAAACAAUGAUAAUAUAAUAAUAUAUAAUUCGUAUGAAGAAAAUAUAAUACCAGAUUUUACUUAUGAAGAAAAUAUAUUACAAGAUUUUCCAUAUGAAGAUAAUAUAAUACAAGAUUUUACUUAUGAAGAAAAUAUAUUACAAGAUUUUCCAUAUGAAGAAAAUAUAAUACAAGAUUUUCCAUACGAAGAUAAUAUAAUAAUUAACAAUUCAAGGGAUGAUUAUUUAAUAGAGGAAGGAAUAAAUGAGAACUCUUUUGUAACUGUUGAUUUAAAUAACAGUAUGAUAAAUGAGACAAAUGAUGUUGAUAACGAGAAGGAUAAAGUUAAAAUGAUUAUAUAUUCAUAUAUAAAAAAAAUGGAUUCAUGUAAAAAAGAUAUAAGUCAUAAAAAAUUUGGAAAAUGUCGAGAUGAAGAGGACGAAAGAUAA